UGCUGCAGUGGAUUAGUCAGCUGCAUUUAUUUAAGGUUGUGCAGAGAGAGUGCAGGAGUCCGGACAGUGUGCGAGUGUCCGAUCUUCAAGAUGCAGCGCAUCUACAUGCACAGCAAUGAACACUUUGAAGUCUUCACCACUGUCCUUGCUCCACAAGGGAGGUAUCGAUACAGAGCAGAAGCUGAAAAGAUGGUAGUGGUGCACAGAUACAAGCCCCACUGGCCUGAGGAGCUGGCGCUGUCUCCAGGUGACGUCAUCCUGGUGCUGUCCAAACACGAGGAGGGGAGGUGGUUUGGGCGGCUGCAGAAUGGGCAGCAAGGUUAUUUCCCCGCCUCAUGUGUGAUGGAGCUGGGCCAGGCAAAUCUGCCUCCCAAAGGCCUUCGGAGGAGUUUAUCUCUGAGGACUACACCCGGUGACAGUGAGCGCAGCAGAUAUGGGAAUGGAUACAUUCUGCAGGCAUUCAUGAAGGGGAGCAGAGGAGGUGGAGGAGGAGUGGGGCUGGAUAAGGGCCAGGGUGAGCGUGAGGUCCCCUUCCUGGUGCGGAGCUCCCGGGUCCCUUUGCCUCAGCCCGUGGCCUCCCAGCCCCAGGAACACCGAUCUCCAAACUUGCUCUGCAGGAUCUUGUCCAAGUGCCGGAAAAAGAUUGAAUGCCAGGGAGCCACCAAUGGGGCCUUCGAGGGCGACUAAGUAGCCCUUUUCUUUGUCCUGGGUGGCUGAGCUGAGUUCACUUUGGUGGGGUUGUGCUUGGGAAGUAAGCAGAGAGCUUCUGAAAUAUGCAGGCAAAUCUUGAAUUUCCUGACGUGAGCUUGUACUCGUGCUCCAUCAGGCAUUCUGGACUUAGCUUCUUAUUAGAUGCAAGCAGGAGGGUGAAGGCUGAAUGUAAACACCCCAAUUAGUGAUGUCACGGCACUGUGUUACCCACUUCAUCUGAUGGGCAAAGCAUGCCGUGACAUCACUGAUGGGGGCGUUGUCUCAAGUGCAACGUGCUGGAAAGUUUGAAUGUACAGAUAGCUAAGCAGUUGUUCUUUUCUGCCCAGUUCUUCAGCUAAUCUAAUGUCAAGCUUAUAUUCUGAAAACUGUGUAGCUAUAGCCGCUGCAAUCAAAGCGCUAACAACUUAGCAGUUAGAUGCAUUCAGUGAAGCGGAAAGUAAUUCUUCACGUUGAUUAAAUUUAGCCUUUUUCUAUAAAGUUGCCUUUGAUUAAUGCUAUUUUUGUUGUUGGUUUUGUUAUAUUCCUUAACUUUAUUUUCACCUGUAAUUUGAUGAUGUGUAUCUAUGUCUCUGUAAUAUGCAAUAUGCAUAAUAUGUUACUGUGAUAAUGAUAAAACCAGCAAACCCUU